AUGCCACAACAUCUUGAAUGUACAUUAGAGCAAAAACAGAUCCUGCAGGGUCUGGCGGCCAAUGUUGUGCGUGUGCGCGGAGGGGCUUUCACAGUGGAGGAACUUCUUGCCAAUCCCGUCCUGCUACACGAACAAGUUUCUAGCAUCCGUGUGAGCUGGGACGCGAUAGUGAAGCAUCUCAAUAUAAGCAGGAACAGCGCAUAUCACUGGUAUCACGAAACUUAUGUUCGCCACAUUACAGGAACAAAAGUCACGCCGGUUGAUAAAGCUAUAAUUAGAAACACGAUAUUGCGAGGCAUAGAAGACCGUUCAAUCCUGCUCGACGAGUUCAGGUCAAAGCUGAAGGCGUCGUUGAGUCGGAAUUAUCAUAGGGCAGAGUUCACUAUGACGUACAACAAUCUUUUGCGCAGUCGCUGUGUGCAGACAGCCAUGGCGAACGCAGGAAUAACCCUCCCUUCUCGCAGGUCUACUAGGCCCAACCAAAACAGCGCUCAGAAAACUGCCCAGAAGGGGGUUGUCCCUGUUCUCCCAGAUAAGGCUGAUUUCACAGCACAACUCAACGCCCCGUUCAGUGCACAGCCAGCACAGCCAGUCUACAAGCCACCGCCUCCCUUAUACAUGGAGGCUCCGGACCGCAUUCUGUCCACACCUGUUUUUGCCCCCAUACAAAACAACUUUAUCACAAAUCUUCCAUUCAUAUCCACUGCGCCCGUCAUGUCCUUCUCAUAUCCCAAAAAUGCCCACACAGAAGGCGUUACUUCUACCGCCCCGCUGACUAACAAUCCAAUCUCAUAUGAGCUGCUGAGCAUCCCCCCUCCUUGCCUGCCACAAUGGGGCACACCCUUUUCUAUUCAGCAAAUACCGAGCAGCUCCAUUCUGCCGGCGAAGUAG